AUGUGUUCUGGACUCGUUGGCGGUCUUGGUUUAACUCCGAGUGCAAAUAUAGGUAUUGAUGCAAGUAUUUUCGAAGCAGUUCAUGGCUCUGCUCCUGAUAUUGCUGGACAUAAUAAAGCAAAUCCUACUGCUUUGCUUUUAUCAUCAAUUAUGAUGCUUCGUCACAUGUCGCUUUACAAAUAUGCCGAUAAAAUAGAAUCUGCUAUUUUUAACGUUCUUUCUCUUGGAAAAACAACUACUUGUGAUCUUGGAGGCCAAGCCUCUACUCAACAAUAUACACAAGCAAUUGUGGAUUCCUUGUAA